AUGCCAGUGUUGAUAAAAACCGUUCAGCUUACUUCAUCUGUGGAUGUAGAAAAUGAAUGGAAGGUAGAUAAACGAGCAGCGUACAGUAGUGGCGGUUUUCAACAAAGCACAAGCUCUGGUGCAGGCUAUGGGUCAAUCUUUGGCGCCAUAGGAUCUCAAGGUGAAGGAAGAGACAAUGGAGCUACAUUUCGGUAUGGUGGGACCACUAAAAAUCGCUUUGAUUUAAGCAACAGCCAUGAAAAUGGGCCUUAUGUGAGAAAUAAUGCUGCUGGAAGAAACGGAGGUUAUGGAACUCAUAUCAGUACUGGAGUGAACGGAGGUUUUGCUACUAGUAAUAAUGCUGGAAGAAACGGAGGUCAUCAGACCCAAAUCCGCACUGGGGUAAACGGAGGUUAUGAAACUCAAAUCAGGAAUGGAUUGAACGGAGGUAACAGAAAUGGUAACAAUGCUGGUGUAAAAGGUGGAUAUGGAACUGGAAACGGUGCUGGAUCGAAUGGAGAUAACGGUGCUGUAAGGAAUGGUGGUUUUGGGAAUGGAAACGGAGCUAUAGUGAAUAGUGGUUAUGGAAGUGGUAACAAUGCUGGCUUGAAAGGAGGGUAUGGAACUGGAAACGGUGCUGGAACGAAUGGAAAUAACGGCGCUAUAAGGAAUGGUGGUUAUGGGAGUGGAAACGGAGCUAGGGUGAAUAGUGGUUAUGGAAAUGGUAACAAUGCUGGUGUAAAAGGUGGAUAUGGAACUGGAAAUGGUGUUUUUGGGAAUGGAAACGGAGCUAGGGUGAAUAAUGGUUAUGGAAAUGGUGUUUUUGGGAGUGGAAACGGAGCUAGGGUGAAUAAUGGUUAUGGAAAUGGUAACAAUGCUGGAGUACGAAGGGGCUACGGAAACAGUUAUAGAGAUGGAAGUAACAGUUACAGUACUGAUGCCUUUAGAAGAAACGGUGGGUCAAUUUUUAGGAAUGGACAGACAAAAUACGGCGGAUAUGAAGAAAAAGAAAUCGGGGAUGAAGAAGAUUUAGGACUAGCAGCAUUUGGAGAACCAGGAGUUGAUUUUCCCGUGUUAGCUGAAGUUCCCGAAACUGAGUUCCAGUGUUCCAAUCAAGAGUUUCCUGGUUAUUAUGCUGAUCCAGAAACAAAGUGUCAGGCUUUUCAUAUUUGUCAAGAUGACGGACGAUCUGACAGUUUUCUUUGUCCCAAUGCAACUUUAUUCAAUCAGCAGUACUUCGUUUGUGAUUGGUGGUACAAUGUUGACUGCUCUACUGCAGAAAGCUUCUAUAAUCUAAAUGCUGCACUCUUUCAAGAGCGAGAUUUAAACAACAUACUCAAUGGUUACCAGAAGAAUGGAGCAAAUGGCGGAAGCUAUGGCAAUGGAUUUCGCAAUAACGGAGCAAAUAGAACUGGCUACGGAGCCGGGAACGGAGGCCACCAAAAGGGUGGAAGAUAUGGAGGAAGUAACACCAAUGGUGUAGGAAUCGUAAACGGCGCAUUUAAUUCUGCAGCAUAUAGCGGUGGUCAGCAGAAAGGGAACUACGGAAAGUAAAAUUUAGGUUUUUGGUCACGAAAACCUAUGAAUUGGUGCUAUAAAGACUUUACCAUUUUGCUUUUACUCAAAUUGCCUUAUUUCUUACCCAAAACCACUAUUUUAUUGCCUUAUUCUCUUUGUCUUUCAAUAAACGUGACUUAAUAACACAAUAAUAAUUGAAUUUCACACACACACACACACACACAAAUGAUGAUUAAUGUUUAAUGCAGAGUAGAUAUUCGCGGAUGAAUGUGUGUAGAUUUAUUUAUUUGUAGUUAUUAAAAAUCUUUCCUAAGAAUCAGAAAAUAUCAGUUAAGUAUUGAACAUUUAUAAUUUCUUACACAAUACUCAGUCACGCAUUGUGCACCGUACUGUAGUAACUUGUGUUGUUUUUUUAAAGUUUUUUUGUUCUCGCAAAAAGUAAUUGAAUUCUAAGAAGGGUCCGUUACCUGGACGUUCAGUGCACUUUCAAGUUUUAUCUAUAGUUAUUUGCUGCUGUCGCUUGUUUAUUUGUUGUAUAUUCGCUAAAUAAUGUUUUCAAAGUCGUUGCUUGUAUUGUGUUGCUAACUGUACGGUAAAUGAAACUUAAUGUUCUUUAUGUAGUGCACGUGUUCUAUUUCAUUUAUCAUUUGCAAAU